GAGAGUCGGUGUGGUCCAGUUUGAUGUGUGCCGACGAUAGUGCGUCAUGCCAGCGGUUGGGUUCGUGGAAGGAAGAAUGGAAGAAUCACUUCUUGGAUAAUUCAUCCAUUUUCUCACUCAAUCGAAUAUUAAUGCCCUCCAAUUCCAAAUCCCCAAUCUGCAACUUGCGUCGCACCAACUGCAAUUCGCAAUCGACCAGAUUUCAUGUAGAAUAGCUUCUCCACUUUUUUCGCUCGUUUUCGGAGGUGAAUUCGUUUUCGGUUGAUUUCUGCUUGAUUUGGCUGACGGCGGAGGGGGGAUUGGCGUUUUCUGCUUUUCUAGUUUGGUUCGGAAAUGGCUUCCGCAGAGAACGGGAGUUGGCUGUACGAUUUGGCGCUGGAGGACAUAGAGGUUCCCGGCGGCGCCUUCGCGGUUCAUGAGUCGGGGUUUUCGUGGCCCAUGCAAGCCUUGAAUGGAUCAUCGAAUGCUCGUGUGGAAGGCGAUGCCUUAUUAAGAGAGUCAAAGUUGCAGAAGGAAUCUGGAUCAAAAAAACGAGCUAGAACUGAAUCAUGUGCUCCUUCAAGCUCGAAAGCCUGCAGGGAGAAACAACGACGGGAUAGGCUAAACGACAAGUUUGUUGAGUUGGCUGUGCUGCUUGAACCGGGGAGGCCCCCCAAAACCGACAAAUCGGUCAUUUUGGUCGAUGCUGUUCGAAUGGUGAAUCAGCUCAGAGAUGAAGCUCAGAAGCUCAAAGACUCAAAUUCAAAUCUGCAAGAGAAGAUCAAGGAACUCAAAGCUGAGAAGCAUGAGCUGCGCGACGAGAAGCUAAGGUUGAAAUCGGAAAAGGAGAAGCUGGAGAUGCAGGUGAAGAUGAUGAAUGGUCCACAGCCGGGAUAUAUGGCGGCAGUUCCUCCACCACCCCCGCCAGCGCCGCCCAUCUCAGCCUCGGGCAACAAGUUGGUGCCUAUUAUGAGCUAUCCCGGUGUGGCGAUGUGGCAGUUCAUGCCGCCGACGGCUGUGGAUACGUCGCAGGAUCAUGUGCUUCGCCCUCCGGUCGCCUAAACUAUAUAACUACUUGCUACAUUCCUCCUUCCAAUUGUGUCAUACAGAUAUAUAUAUAUAUAUGUGUGUGUUAUAUUGGUUUUGUAUGAUUUGUGUGUUGUUGGAUAAAGAGUUGGAUUUGGAUAUGGAUAUGUUACAAUGAUGAAUAGUGAUAUUACUAAAUAAAUUGUUUUUAUGGGA